CUUUUAAGGCUGGCAGUCGUGAAUGUUUCUGCUUGAUGUGUUCUGUGUACCGCUCCUGGGUGCGGGGACCUCAGGCAAGCCCAGAAGUUCCGACAUGGAUGUAGUGACCUAUGAUGAUGUGCAUGUGAACUUCACGUGGGAAGAGUGGGCUUUGCUGGAUCCUUCUCAGAAGACUCUAUACAAAGAAGUGAUGCUGGAGACCUACAGGAAUCUCGCUGCUAUAGGCAUGAAAGAAGUGAUACUGAAGAUAAACUUUCUGAAUUUAUUCAAUAUGAUAAAGACUUUGCAUAUCAGAGCCAUCCUCAAAGGCAUGAAGGAAUUUAUUCUGGAGAGAAACCCUAUGAAGGUGUUCAAUAUUUUGAAGACUUUGCACAUCACAGUAGUCUCCAAAUACAUAAAAGAACACAUAUUGUAGAAAAACCCUAUGAGUGUAACCAAUGUGGCAAAGCCUUUGCAUACCACAGUUAUCUUCAAAGGCAUGAAAGAAGUCAUACAGGAGAGAAACCUUAUGA